AUGGGCGAUAUAUGCCGGCAUCAACCGGAGUGGAUGGAAAAGCUCGCCUUCGGUUUCAACGUCGGUCUAGAGGAUCUUCCAGCGUUCCUGGCUUUCCAGCGCUUUCACCAAUUCCGAACCAUGGCGACAAAACCGCGAACCGCAGUGGUCAUGCUCAACAUGGGUGGACCACAAAACACGGACCAGGUGCACGACUACCUCCAUCGCAUCAUGACCGACCGGGAUAUGAUCCAGCUACCCGUGCAGAGCAAGCUCGGCCCGUGGAUUGCGAAGCGCCGCACACCCGAGGUGCAGAAGAAGUAUGCCGAAAUCGGUGGUGGCUCACCGAUCCUCAAGUGGACGAAUCUGCAGGGUGAGCUGAUGUGCAAGCAGCUAGAUAAGCUGUCUCCUGAAACGGCACCCCACAAACACUACGUAGCCUUCCGGUACGUGAACCCGCUGACUGAGGACACGUUUCGCGCCGUGGAACAAGAUCAGCCCGAGCGGGUUGUACUGUUUUCGCAGUACCCACAGUAUAGCUGCGCGACAUCCGGAUCCAGCUUUAACGCCAUCUACACGCAUUACAAAACUAACCCGUCCAACGGCCUGGCCAAGGCACGCUGGAGUAUGAUCGAUCGCUGGGGAACCCACCCGCUGCUGGCAAAAACGUUCGCCGACAACAUUCGCAAAGAGCUGGAAAAGUUCCCCGUCGACAAGCGGAAGGACGUGGUGUUGCUGUUUUCCGCACACUCGCUGCCGCUGCGUGCGGUCAACCGGGGCGAUGCGUACCCAUCGGAGGUGGGAGCAACGGUGCAGAACGUCAUGCAGGAGCUCGGCUGGUCACACCCGUACUGUCUCGUGUGGCAGUCAAAGGUUGGCCCGCUACCCUGGCUCGAGCCUUUCACUGAGGACGCCAUUAAGGGCUACGUGCGGCAGGGAAAAAAGAAUUUCAUCCUUGUACCGAUCGCCUUCGUUAACGAGCACAUCGAGACGCUACACGAGCUGGACAUCGAGUACUGCCAGGAGUUGGGCCACGAAGUCGGCGCAGAAAAGAUUGGCCGGGCAGCCGCCCCGAAUGAUCAUCCACUGUUUAUCGACGCGUUAGCGGAUGUCGUGCGGCAGCAUCUAGCAAAUGGCGUUACGAUUGGGCCAAAGUUCCUGCUCCGUUGUCCGGCCUGCGUCAAUCAGAAGUGCUCGGUCAGCAAGCAGUGGUUCCAGCAGUUGUGCAAUUAAAUAGGCGUGCAUUUGGGCUUACGAGGUUUGCGACUGAUAAUGGGUGUAGAGGGUGCGUAACUGGUGAUGAUAAUAAUAAUAUAAAAAAUGUAUUCAAUCUCGUUCGGCGGUAAAUGAUGAAAUUUCUUCCAGCGUGUUAUCUCGCGCAUGAAUUUGAACAACUGUCUUAGCGUGUCAUGCAUAGCGGAUUUUGAAACAGCGACCCAGCUUGUAGCAAAACGUUUGUUAUCGGUCAAGUGCAACAGAGAUUGCCCGCGUAUUGCUGUUUCAACACGUCGCAGGGCAAUAAACUGUAUCACAU